AUGAGGCUGUCCCCCGUGAUCCUGAGGCUGAGCCGGGGUCCAGCGCUGCUGGCCCUGGCGCUGCCCCUGGCGGUGGCGCUGGCCUUCUCCGACGAGACCCUGGACAAAGUGCCCAAGUCAGAGGGCUACUGCAGCCGCAUCCUGCGCGUCCAGGGCACGCGGCGCGAGGGCUACACCGAGUUCAGCCUCCGCGUGGAGGGCGACCCCGACUUCUAUAAGCCGGGAACCAGCUACCGCGUGACGCUUUCAGCUGCCCCUCCCUCCUAUUUCAGAGGAUUCACCUUAAUCGCCCUCAAAGAGAACAGAGAGGGUGAUAAGGAGGAAGACCAUGCCGGGACCUUCCAGAUCAUAGAUGAAGAAGAAACACAGUUUAUGAGUAAUUGCCCCGUUGCCGUCACAGAAAGCACCCCACGGAGGCGGACACGGAUCCAGGUGUUCUGGAUAGCGCCACCUGCAGGAACUGGCUGCGUAAUUCUAAAGGCUAGCAUCGUUCAGAAACGCAUCAUUUAUUUUCAAGAUGAAGGCUCUCUGACCAAGAAACUUUGUGAACAAGAUUCCACAUUUGAUGGGGUGACUGACAAACCAAUCCUAGACUGCUGCGCCUGUGGAACUGCUAAGUACAGGCUCACGUUUUAUGGGAACUGGUCUGAGAAGACGCACCCAAAGGAUUACCCUCGUCGGGCCAAUCACUGGUCUGCAAUCAUCGGCGGAUCCCACUCCAAGAAUUACGUGCUAUGGGAGUAUGGAGGGUAUGCGAGCGAAGGCGUCAAACAGGUUGCAGAAUUGGGCUCUCCAGUGAAAAUGGAGGAGGAAAUUCGACAACAGAGCGACGAGGUCCUCACUGUUAUCAAAGCCAAAGCUCAGUGGCCAGCCUGGCAGCCUCUCAACGUGAGAGCAGCACCCUCGGCUGAAUUUUCAGUGGACAGGACGCGCCACUUGAUGUCCUUCCUGACCAUGAUGGGCCCCAGCCCCGACUGGAACGUGGGCCUGUCCGCAGAGGAUCUGUGCACCAAAGAGUGUGGCUGGGUCCAGAAGGUGGUGCAGGACCUGAUUCCCUGGGAUGCGGGCACCGACAGCGGGGUGACCUACGAGUCACCCAACAAGCCUACAAUUCCCCAGGAGAAAAUCCGACCCCUGACCAGUCUGGACCAUCCUCAAAGUCCUUUUUAUGAUCCAGAGGGUGGAUCCAUCACUCAAGUAGCCAGAGUUGUCAUCGAGAGAAUUGCUCGGAAGGGGGAACAGUGCAAUAUUGUGCCCGACAAUGUCGAUGAUAUUGUAGCCGACCUGGCUCCAGAAGAGAAAGAUGAAGAUGACACCCCCGAAACCUGCAUCUACUCCAACUGGUCCCCGUGGUCCGCCUGCAGCUCCUCCACCUGCGACAAAGGCAAGAGGAUGCGGCAGCGCAUGCUGAAGGCACAGCUGGACCUCAGUGUCCCCUGCCCCGACACCCAGGACUUCCAGCCCUGCAUGGGCCCCGGCUGCAGUGACGAAGACGGCUCCACGUGCACCAUGUCCGAGUGGAUCACCUGGUCGCCCUGCAGCAUCUCCUGCGGCGCCGGCAUGCGGUCCCGGGAGAGAUACGUGAAGCAGUUCCCAGAGGACGGCUCCGUGUGCACGCUGCCCACCGAGGAGACAGAGAAGUGCACGGUCAACGAGGAGUGCUCUCCCAGCAGCUGCCUGACGACCGAGUGGGGCGAGUGGGACGAGUGCAGCGCCACCUGCGGGACGGGCAUGAAGAAGCGGCAUCGCAUGGUCAAGAUGAGCCCUGCAGACGGCUCCAUGUGCAAGGCUGAGACAUCUCAGGCGGAGAAGUGCAUGAUGCCCGAGUGCCACACCAUCCCAUGCUUGCUAUCCCUGUGGUCCGAGUGGAGCGACUGCAGCGUGACCUGCGGGAAGGGCAUGCGGACCCGCCAGCGGAUGCUCAAGUCUCUAGCCGAACUCGGGGACUGUAAUGAGGAGCUGGAGCAGGUGGAGAAGUGCAUGCUGCCUGAAUGCCCCAUUGACUGUGAGCUCACGGAGUGGUCCCAGUGGUCGGAAUGUAACAAGUCGUGUGGGAAAGGACACAUGAUUCGAACCCGCAUGAUCCAGAUGGAGCCUCAGUUUGGAGGCGCACCCUGCCCAGAGACUGUACAGCGGAAAAAGUGCCGCAUCCGGAAAUGCCUCCGAAAUCCAUCCGUCCAGAGCCUGCGCUGGAGGGAGGCCCGAGAGAGCCGGAGGAGUGACCAGCUGAGGGAGGAGUCGGACGGGGACCAGUUUCCAGGCUGCAGGAUGCGCCCUUGGACAGCCUGGUCAGAAUGCACCAAACUGUGCGGAGGAGGGAUCCAGGAACGCUACAUGACUGUGAAGAAGAGGUUCAAAAGCUCCCAGUUUACCAGCUGCAAAGACAAGAAGGAGAUCAGAGCGUGCAACGUCCAUCCGUGUUAACCAGGGUACACGUGUCCCAGGGCUGCACUCUAGACCCCCAGAGGCACCAAUGGCUGGAUCGUUUGUUUGCUUGUUUGUUUAAGGCAGUUUAAAUUGUGUACACUAGUUUUCAUUUCUGCAGGGUGGUCUGCCCAGUAGUCCUGUGGAUGCUAGGGCCACCCUUCUGUACACUUCUUGGUGGGCACAGAGUGGGGAUCGGGGCAGGGGCGUGCGGGGCUCCCUCAUCCUUAGCCGGCCCUCCUCCAGCACAAGUGAGUAGUGUCAGUCACCUGUGCUGAACAGAACGUGUCCCUCUCGAGCAUCCACCUGGGCAGCAGGACAGAGAC